AGGAGCUGAGAGAGGAUGCUGAAUCUCUCUCCAUCUAAAGUUGACACUGAACUAACAGCAGCAGCAGUCUCCAGAGCCCCGGCUGUGUCUCCACCAACAGCACACAGGACGGAGCCAACAGCUACAGUUUCCAGACCUCCCGAGCCUGAUCACUCCUCUGGGAUUGUUGCUUCUUUGAAAGCCAGGCUGAAGGCCCCGCUGCCAGCCCCUUCUCCCUCCUCAGCUCAGAUGAUAUGUGGACUUCAGCAUGUGGAGCCAGGCUGUCGUCAUGUUGUGUUAAAUUGUGACAAGCACAGGGUACAGCCCAAAAUCCCAGCUGCUGUAGCUAUGGAGACGGAGGAUCACUGCCCUGCUGCUGUGGUGGCCACAGAAUUUCAGGAGACCAGUGACGAUCCAGUUGGAGCGGUGCUGAUCCUGUCUUUCAGCAGUUUCCCGGUCCCAGCCGUCCCAGCCGUCCCAGCACACAGCUGCUACCAAAGGCAGUCUUUGAUGGAUACAGGAGGAGUCCCUGAGCCGGGCUACGGUGGAGCGGAUUGGGUCAGACAUCCUGGCAAAACCACAACAACAACAUCAGCAGCAGCAGCAGCAGCCGAAGCAGCAGAAAAAGAUGAUCAGGAACUGUUUGGCCUACAGUCAGCUGAAGUCGUAGAUGAAGGCAGAGGAGAGGGCGAAGAGGAAGUCAGCAGUGCAGCUUCCAACAGGUCGCCUGUGCAGGUUCUGUCAUCAACCCCUAAAGCAGGGCCCUGACAGCCCUCACACACAUGACAGCUUCCCCGGGGUACCAGGGAAAUACAUCUACUGCCCCUCCAGAGUGUUCUCCCUCUACAAGGCACAGGGCAUGGGGAAGGAGAUGACCUGGGGGGGUGUUCAAACUGUCGGACUUCUAUGAGGCUGAGAGACACAAAAAUCCACAGAGAAGAGAGACAAAUUGACUGCUAACCCACCAAACCCCAAAUAUACCCUCUCGCACAUAACCACACGCACGCACUCACGCACGCACACGAGACACACCACUGUGCAUUGUCAGGACUGUUUCUUUGUUUUCAUAGCCAAGCAAUUGUGAUAUUUAGUUUAAUUCAACUGUAUUCACCUUCACUGGAUUUCUAAUCAUAUUCAUGUCAUCAUCAUCAUCAUCAUCAUCAUCACAUAGUCUCUCAGUUAGCACCGUCACAUGCACUCUAGUGUCCCCUCUACGUGUGUAAAUGUGUAAUAUUUUAAUAAUAAAUAAUUCCUUAAAUGUA